GCCGGAAAUGUAAUUGAAGCAGCCUCAGAAACGUUUACUGAGGACAUUCAGAAACACAGUCUCGGAGAUGACUGCGGACCAACGCUGAAAUGGAACACCAUGACGGCCAGAGGCGUCCACUGACCGAGCCUUGAUGGGAACUGGAGCCAAGAUCAUGGACCUGAGUGAGAAAGCCCAGGACCCAAACCUGGAGGACGGCGACGCUUGGGUCCCAGUGCAGAGAGAGCGCUCCCAUACGACUGGAUCUCUGUCCGAGAGCUCUGGGCUAAAGCGAAGGAAGCAAGGUGAGCGCGCACCUGCCCAGGUAACGGAGGAAAAGGAGCCCAGCCAAAAGAGGGUUAAGCCUGUCACCAAGACUUUGUCAGCAAGCAGCACCCCUCAAACGAAAGUCACCCCCCUGAAGAAACUCAGCCUGUCCAUCCAGCGCUCCAUAGGCUGCCGGAGUGAGAACCGCCUGUUCAGCUUCUCUCCACGGACGCGAAGCAGAGAUCAAGUGUCAGCAAAGAAGAGGGGCAGCAAAUUGUGGAGCGAAACGUUCGAUAAUGCCGGGGAGGAGCUGUCUGCGCGGGAGAUCAAGCGGCAGGAGGUGAUAUUCGAGCUGAUGCAGGGAGAGCACAUGUUAAUGGAAGAUCUGAACCUGGUGAAGAAGAAUUACUACGAGCCCAUGCUGAAGUUGGCCAUCAUGACUCAGGAAGAGCUCAACCAGAUCUUCAGCAUCCUGGACACGCUGCCCCCGCUGCACAGAGAUCUCUUUGACCGACUGGUACGAUUGCGGUGUGCGGAUGGCACCAUAGAGCAGGUUGGGCCCACCAUGUUGGAAUGGCUUCCAUGUCUCCAAUCCUACAAGACGUAUUGCUGCAACCAAGUGGCCGCCAAGGCCCUGCUGGAUCACAAGAGGCGAAACGCGGCGGUACACAACUUCCUGCAGCUGUGCCAGGAAUCUGUUUUCAGCCGCAAACUCGACGUGUGGAGCUUCCUGGACCUGCCCCGCAGCCGGCUGGUGAAGUACCCGUUACUGCUGAAGGAGCUGCUGAAACACACCAUGCCCGAACACCCUGACCAUGCCCCACUGAGCCAGGCUGUGUGUGUGAUCCAGGACAUCAUUAGUCUGAUCAACAGCAAAGCCGGGGAGGCCGAGUGUGAAUAUUACAGAAAUAGACUGUGCUAUCUUUACGAGAGCCAGAAGGAAGAACUUGUGUCUCUUUCGCGGCUCCUGCACUGCCAUGGGGAGUUGAAGAACAACAAAGGUCAAAGGCUCCACGUCUUCCUUUUUGAGACCAUCCUCGUCCUCACCCGCCCUGUGACGCACAAUGAUCAGCUACAGUUCCAGGUCUACCGCCAGCCCAUUCCUCUGCCGGAGCUGGUGCUGGAAGACCUUACUGACGGAGAAGUGAGGGUGGGGGGCUCCAUCCGAGGGGCUUUUACUGCGGCCAAUGAGAAAGCCAAAAACUUUUUUCGCGUGAGCUUCCGGGAUCGAUCCAGGGGACAAGCCCACACCUUGCAAGCCAAUGAUUCCUUCAACAAGCAGCAAUGGGUUAGCUGUAUCAGACAUGCCAUGACGACAAGUAAGGUGCAGUGUGCCAGCCCUGCCACUCCCCAGGAUACCCCCUGCACUCUGAUUGACAUCGCGGACCUAAGUUUGAGCUGCCACGAAGACAGUGACAAGAUGGAGGAUGGCUAGAGACCCUGGGGCACAGCCACGUCACAGCAUCCAACCACGUAGUGCUGGAAAUAUGAACAAUGUCUGCACCAUGCCAUACUUCCCCAAAAGGCUUGCUCACUAUCUUUGUGUAAAAAUAAUAUUUUUGAAAAACUUU